AUGGGCCAAAAGUUCGAUACCAGGGAUAUCGACAAUGACCGAGUGAUGGCGAUGGUGGCUGACUGGUCAUUGCCAAUCUUCGAAAUUGCCGAAAAACACAAUAAGACGGUGCUCAGCCGGAUCACCUACACUAUUUUCAAACAGGCGGACUUGUUUCGAAUAUUCAAGCUGUCACCGAUUAAAUUUUUCAAUUUUUUUCACGCUCUGGAACGAGGCUACUGGGAUAUUCCAUAUCAUAACCGAGUUCACGCUGCAGACGUGUUGCACGGCUGCUACUACCUCACUUGUCACCCGGUGCGUCCCCUUAUUGGACCGACUUCCUCUCCUGAUUCCCUUCUACCCCCACCGCUCACACUGGCUGCUCCGAUUUCCGCCAGCAUGAGCACAUUGGAGACACUGUAUGAUACUAAAAGCAGCACCUCGGUAAAGGAUAAAUUUUUGCAGUUGAUGGCGUUGUAUACGGCGGCCGCCAUGCACGACUACGAUCAUCCCGGUCGAACGAAUGCCUUUUUGGUCGCCGCUGAGGAUAAGAAGGCGAUUCUCUACAAUGACCGAUCAGUGCUGGAGAACCACCAUGCGGCUGAAAGUUGGCGAUUACUGCAAUUGACGGAGAACAAUUUCAUUCGAAACGCUCGACCCGGCUGA